AUGGCAACAAUCAUCGGAGUGUUUCUGUUAUGGUUCAUGGCUGACCGAGUCAAUGCCGAUAACGUUCUUCACCGUCAAGAUUUUAUAAACUGUUCUAGUCGAACUCGGCUGAAACCAUGGAUAUUGCUAGAAUCCAUAAUGAAAAAUUAUUCCAGGAGUCAAUCGCCUGAGCCUCGCCCAGUACCAGUCUCUGUUGAGGUCACCAUUCAAGAUAUCAACGAGCUGUCCGUCCUCAGCAGUAGCUUUACAACGGAUAUUUGGUUCAGUGCAUUAUGGCACGAUCCGAGACUUGCAUUUGCACAUCUUGACUCGUGUAGAACAAAUCUCUCUUUUGAUGAUACCUUUGAGAAGCUACUAUGGUCGCCAAAUGUGUGUCUAGUGAACACAAAGUCUACCAAAGUUCACAUGUCCCCGAAAGCUAACGUUCUUCUUAUGCUUCUACCAAACGGCACCGUAUGGCUUAACUAUCGGGUUCGUGUACAAGCACCAUGUGGUAUGGACUUGACAGAUUUUCCAAUGGAUGUUCAGAAAUGUUAUUUGGUUUUCGAGAGUUACUCGUACAAUACGGCAACUGUGAGCAUUGACUGGAUGAGUGAAGCGGUCACAUUUGCCGCCGAACAUUUUCAUCUGCCAGAUUUUCGACUUUCUAACACCCGAAUCUACAGACACACUGAGUACUAUAAAGCGGGCGAAUGGUACCGACUUACUGUGGAAUUGGAAUUUCAUCGACUCUACGGGUUUUAUGUGUUGCAGAUGUAUUUACCAACAUAUAUCAGUGUUUUCAUCUCAUGGAUUUCGUUUUGUAUCGAUACAAAAGGUCUUCCAGCCAGAAUUAUUCUCGGUGUUAACGCUCUCAUGGCACUGACAUUUCAGUUCGGUAAUAUUAUUCGUUCUUUGCCACCUGUAUCGUAUGUCAAGGCUAUCGAUAUCUGGAUGAUCACCUGUGUCGCAUUCAUUUUUGCUUCACUUCUCGAACUGGCUUUUAUCGCCUAUCGAGAUAAAAGGAUUAUGCUGAAGACGUCGCGUGUGAAAUUGACCGUAGCUACACUAAUUGAUCUCCUCAAAGGCUAUGUGGAUCCAUUGUGUGAGGAAGACAGUGACGACGAAACUACUGCUGAAGUGGUGACUGUAGAGGAUGCUCGCGAACGGUCCAGAUAUCGCUAUAAGCAAACGAUUGAAGAGCACGAAAAGGCGAAGCUGUUCGAUUUUGGAAGUCGUGUCGAUAGAAUCUCUUUUGUCGUUUUUCCAUUAGUGAGUUUUCUCGUGUUUAUAUGA